UGACGGGUAAGCUCAAAGCAAUCGCAUACAGGAAGCAGGGGGGUUAUUUGUGUAAACUUUCAGGCUUGCUCAUAGGCAGAUGGCUGAGGGAGGCAGAGAGAGAGAGAAACGGAGCUAUUGAGUGAGAGAGAGAGAGAGAGAGAGAGAGCGAGAGAAAGAGAGAGAGUGGUGCAUCCACUGUGCCUGGCUCGCUCUAAUUAUGAAGCAGGAAGAAGAAGCAGCUUGCAUCUGAUCAGCCUCUGCAGCCACGGAUCUUCCAGCAGCAGGCAAACGGCGGCAGUCUCGCGAUUCGCGGUUUAUCAUCUGCUCUCCCACACAUGCCGCUGCUCCGACAGUCCCCGUGAUUGCCCGCUGUGGACCGUUCUAGCCAUCCGGAGAGUCUGCGCUGUGGACCAUUUAAGCCUUCCCAAGAUUGCGCGUUGUGGCUCAUACUGGCCGUCCUGAGAGAGCCCGUGGUGGACCUUACUGCUUGCCCCGGGGCUUGGUUCUGCCAGGGGAAACCAGGAGUACGCCUCUGCUAGGCUCAGGAGUGGGGGAGGCUUGGAGCUGCACGUGAGCUGCACACGGUUUGAGACCCUGGCACCGCUUCUGAUGCUCAUCACAAACCCUUGAUCAGAGUGGUGGCACCAUCUCCUGGUCCUGUUUUCCCCCAGCGGUCCUUCCGUAUCCCAGUGAGUCUGGCUGCCCUGACAGACCUGGCGGAAGACAGGCGAUCUGCUUCGGGGGGGGCAACGAGGAUUUGGUCUAAAUGACCGGGAGCAACAGCAUGAGCAGCGGAUACUGCAGUCUGGAUGAAGACAGUGAGGACUUCACGUUUUUCACCGCCAAGACCACCUUCUUCCGGCAAGGGCAGGCAAAACAGGGGGCCAAGAGUGAAGGAAAAGAAGAGGACCAUGAACCACAGUCAGUCUCGGAGAUUGCGUCCAGGAUUGAGAAGUACAACUCCAAGGCAACUGAGAAUGGGAUGAAGCUGAAUGAAGAGGGUGUUUACACGGGCUUCAUCAAGGUCCAGCUAAAGCUUCGGCGUCCCGUGACCGUGCCUGGGGGUGGGGCUGACGCCGUGGGAAAGACCUCCUUCUACCUACCGUCAGACGCUGUCAAGCAGCUGCACAUCAGCAGCACCACCACAGUGGACGAGGUCAUUCAGGGCCUGCUGACCAAGUUUAUGGUGCUAGACAACCCGCGCAAGUUUGCACUGUACCGCCAGAUGCACCGCGAUGGCCAGGAUCUCUUCCAGAAGCUGGCCAUUUCAGAGCAUCCCCUGUACCUUCGGCUGAUUGCCGGCCCGGACCCUGAGUGCCUGACCUUUGUCCUGAAGGAGAAUGAGACGGUGGAGGUGGAGUGGCACGCCUUCUCGGUGCCUGAGCUACACAACUUCCUGGUGAUCCUGGAAAGGGAGGAAGAAGAACGUGUGCGACAGGUGCAGAAGAAGUACGGGGAGUACCGGGAGAAGCUUCAGGAGGCACUGAAUGGCAAGCUGGGCUAAGCCCCUCCCCUCCCCUGCACGCAGCUCCCAGCAAGGCAUUGAGGUGACGCUCCACCGAGGAAGAAAAUAGCAGUGGAGCAAUCUACUCAGGACACUUUCGGUUGGCCCCUUCCUAGGUCACUGGUUGGGGCACCGAUAGAGGAGGAGGAGACAGGAUGCCAAUGAAGGCAUGUCUCCGCAGUUAAAAAUGCACACUGGAGUUUGCUCGGAGCUGCAGACCGACAUUCCCCCCGUUACGAAUCUGCUGCUCCUGCGACCGGCUCUUGCUGCUGGCUGUACAGCCCACGCCUCCUCCCGACCUGCGCUGCAUGGGGGCGACAGCGGCAGAAGCAGGGAAGACAGUGUGCAUCUUUAGCCACGUUUCACUCUCAAGAACUUUUCCAGGAAUACAAGGCAUGAAGUAACUCACAGGGGACCGUCCCCCCCCCCCCCCCCCCCCCCCCCCAAAAAAAAAGCAAAGAUACGCACCCAUUAACACAACCUGCUUUCUGUUUCACUCUGAUGCACUGAAAAAAAAAUGACUUCAUUAAAUCCUAAUAGCAACGAUAUAACAAUGGAUGCACUCAUUUUACCCUUUGAGAUGUUGACAUUUGUCAGGAUGCAGACGGACGUAUGAAUAUGAGUUUUGCAGAGUCUUGCAUUUUGAAUAUAAUAUAAAUGUUGCUGUAUUUGCAUUUCCUGCUUAGUGCCCUUGCAGUGUGGGAGCACCAAUCGGUGUAAGACGCUGACUGUUCAGGGGUGUUGUAGAUAACCUUGAGAACAUCUCGCUUCCUCCUGGUGUCGUAUGACAGCUUCAGCGUGGCUCCCGUCAUCUUCACUAGGUGCCAGUGCCUCUCAUUCUCCUAGACAGGGUGCCGUGGCCUGAUGCAGGCCCGUGUUACGGGUCGCCGUGGUCGCGCGUGGUUUACGCGCAGAAUAGAGCGGAGGAAAACACGCCUUUCACGCCGGCGGUAACGGAGACUGCGGUUCGAAUCCCACUGAAGCAGAAUGACACCGGAUGGAAAUUGCACCAAAGCUAACCCCAUCUCCCAUUGACAGACAGAACUGGGAUGUUGGCCAGUAUAUACAGUAUUUCCAAAUAGUGGGUGUGUGAUGUAACUGGAUUUUUGUGAACCAUGUAGAAGACGAAUUAAGCUAAUGAUUCCUUGCAUACACAUAUACAGUAUAACAGUACAUAUUGCAGGAAAGGCUAGACAUUGAAAUCCCAAGAAUGCUCGAAGAUAAAGUUGACUGAUGUGGCCUGUUGAUGUACUGAAACCUUUAUGGCACAUCUGCUUGCUCUGGGGUCUCUCAUCAUACUCUGUGCCCCCCCCCCCCCCUGAGCUUUCUGGAGGCUUCUCUGCGUGCUACUCUGCACUACUGCUGAUGUGAGUGUGUGGAUGUGUGCUGUCUAUACAAACCAGGGCCCACACAUCACUCCCCAACGUCCACCUUCUGCUUUGCGGGGGUAGGAUGACGGGGGCAGUCAUCAUGAGCUGACAAUCCUGACCUUCCCUUUCCAGCCACCUAGGGAGAGAUUGAGGUGUAAUUUAUCCAUCUCACUCUUAGCAUGGUGAUGUGGGUAGUCAGACCCUGCUGCCUUCGUGUUUUUGGGAAUUGGAUGUGUACAAAUGUACCUGUUAAGAUGUAUAAGUUUAAAAUGAAAUAAAAAUGUCAGUCCUUUUAUAA